UCCAGGCCUUUAUAAUUUUCUUGUCAUUUCUCUUCUUUUCUUUUCAUUUCGUCCAGUUAGCUACGUGAUAGGAAGCCAUGGCUGUAUCGAACAGCAAUUCCGGCGUGGACACAAGCAAACUCUUCAAUCCCAUCAACCUCAAAGAACUUCCCCAUCUCACUCACUACGUCUCAACAAUCCAAACUCACCAGAACCCCUUGGAUCACGACCCCUACUUCCACACCGAUCAAGGCUUUUACGUAUCCCAAUCCGACGUCGUUCUGCGCCAGAUCACCUACGACCUCUCUGGAACCUUCGCCACUCCCUUCCCUCUCUCUGCCUACCACCGCGCCGGCCCCCGCAACCAAGUCUUCUUCCACCCCUCCGAGGUGCGCGCCGCUAUUGUCACGUGCGGGGGGCUUUGCCCUGGCCUCAACACCGUCAUCAGGGAGCUCGUUGUGGGCCUCUGGGACCUCUACGGGGUGCGCCAGAUCUUCGGGAUCACCGCCGGUUACAGGGGGUUCUACUGGCGGGAGCCGGUGGAGCUGAACCCCAAGCUGGUUGAUGACUGGCACAAGAGAGGUGGCACCGUCCUCGAAACUUCUAGAGGCGGUUUCGAUCUCAAUAAGAUCGUUGACGCUAUCGAAAACCUUCGCUUCAACCAGGUGUACAUUAUAGGUGGCGAUGGGACUAUGCGAGGAGCUGUGAAGAUAUUUGAUGAAAUUAGACGUCGCAAACUGAAUGUUGCAGUUGUUGGAAUUCCUAAGACCGUGGAUAAUGAUGUGGGAAUAAUUGACAGAUCUUUCGGAUUCCAAACAGCAGUUGAAAUGGCUCAGCAAGCAAUAAGUGCUGCUCAUGUAGAGGCUGUGAGUGCGGUUAACGGGAUAGGCCUGGUAAAGCUGAUGGGUCGAAGUACAGGGCACAUAGCUUUAUAUGCAACACUUAGCAGCCGUGAUGUCGAUUGCUGCCUAAUUCCUGAGAUAGACUUCUUCUUGGAAGGAAAAGGAGGACUUUUUGAAUUUCUCGACAAGCGAUUGAAGGCAAACGGGCAUGCGGUGCUUGUCGUUGCUGAGGGUGCUGGCCAGGAUAUAAUACCCAGAACCGAUUCACAGAAGCAAGAAAAGGAUGAAUCUGGCAAUCCAGUGUUCUUGGAUGUUGGUGUGUGGCUGAAAUCAGAGCUAAACAAGUGGUGGGCGAGGGAGCACCCGGGUGAGUUAUUUACGGUGAAGUACAUAGAUCCUACAUACAUGAUUCGUGCUGUUGCUGCAAAUGCCACUGAUAAUUUGUACUGCACACUUCUAGCGCACUCUGCAAUUCAUGGUAUUAUGGCAGGGUAUACUGGAUUUGUAGCUGGUCUUAUUAAUGGAAACUAUGCAUAUAUUCCAUUGGAUGAUAUAGCGAGUGCAAAGAACCCAGUCAAUACAAAAGAUCAUAAGUGGUCGUGGGUGAGAUCUGUCACCAAUCAGCCUGAUUUUGAAAAGAGCUAGAAGUUCAAACACCUAACUUUUCACAGACCCGUCUUGGAACAAAAACUAUGAAGGGAGAUCUUACUUAAUGCUGAUUCUCAUGUUUUUGUCAUAUUAUGCCCUGAUGGAAAAUUAGAUAUGCAGAUGGUGUACAUAUUUAUGUCGCUUGAAACAUAGUCUGUAGCAUGAGUUUUAUUUUGCCAACCUUAUGGUCAUCAAUAAAUCAACCUCGAACUAUGGUACUUAAGUGUUACUAGUGUGAAACAUAUCCACCAUGUAGAUUCUUUUGUUAUGAUGUUUAACAUGUGACGAUUCUGCGGAAGAAAUGUGAGAAUAAUAUUUUGUAAGCA